GACGGCGAGGCGAGGUGAGGCUGCUGGGAAGUCGCGGUUUGCGUUCAGAGAGGAAAAGAAAUCAUGUCGUACAAGUUCGUCGCGGCUCUUGUGAGGGCAAACCCGAGCAAUGUGAACAAAAUACGCCUUUCACCUGGAAGAUGUCGGUCAACAGCGGCAUCCACCAAGAGCCAAGAAGACAAAGACCAACAACUGGAUGAGUGCACCGUGGUAGAAACUGUGCCGGUGGAACUCAUCAGCCAGACCAGAAAUGUGACAAAUGCGCAAUUAAAUAAAAUCCACAUUGACUUCGACAACACACAGGAAGCCUACAAAAGUAAGGGUAAUAUUGAACUGCUUAGAAGUCUGCUGGUCUUCAAGCUUUGUACCAUUGACGUCCUCGUUGAAAAGAACAAAGAGUUGAUGGAGCUGAGUAAGAAGCUGUUUGGUCAGCGGAUGUUUGAGAAGCUGAUGAAGAUGACCUUCUACGGUCAGUUCGUGGCAGGGGAAGACCACAACUCCAUCAAGCCUUUAAUUCAGAAGAAUCAGGCCUUUGGUGUCGGGGCGGUUUUGGACUAUAGUGUUGAAGAGGACUUGACACAAGAGGAGGCUGAGAAGAAGGAAAUGGAUUCAUGCGUUUCUGAAGCAGAGAAAGAAAGCCCAGAUGCUGACCACCGUGAGAAGAAGUAUAAGGCCCAUCGACAGUUCGGGGACAGGCGUGGGGGGGUUAUUAGCGCUCGUACCUACUUCUAUGCAGAUGAGUCCAAAUGUGACAACCAAAUGGAGACAUUUAUAAACUGCAUUAAAGCCUCUGGGGGAGCCUCUGCAGAUGGAUUUUCUGCCAUCAAAAUGACAGCUCUCGGACGCCCACAGUUCCUUCUCCAGUUUUCAGAAGUCCUGGUCAAAUGGAGGCGGUUCUUCAAUUUCCUCGCAGCACAACAGGGGAAAUCUGAAAUGAUGGUUUUAGAACAGAAACUGGAACUGGAACAACUCAAGGAAAGUUUGACGAUGCUGGGCGUUGGAGCAAAGGAUGACAUUGAGAACUGGUUUACUGGUGAGAAGCUGGGUUUGUCAGGAACGAUAGAUCUGCUGGACUGGAACAGUCUAAUAAACGAUACAACAAAAAUCUCUAAUCUGCUUAUGGUGCCAAACCUUGAGACAGGCCAGCUAGAGCCUUUGUUGAACAAGUUUACAGCUGAGGAGGAGAGGCAGAUGAAGAGAAUGCUACAGAGAGUGGACGUUCUGGCUAAGCAUGCCCUGGAGAAUGGGGUAAGGCUGAUGGUGGACGCCGAACAGACAUACUUCCAACCAGCUAUUAGUCGACUGACCCUGGAAAUGCAGAGGAAAUUCAACAGAGAGAAGCCGAUCAUUUUCAACACUUACCAGUGUUACCUCAAGGAAGCUUAUGACAAUGUAACUGUGGACAUUGAGCUGUCACGACGAGAGGGCUGGUUCUUUGGUGCCAAGCUGGUUCGUGGAGCUUACAUGUACCAAGAGAGAGACAGGGCCAAAGAGAUUGGCUACGAAGACCCAAUAAACCCAGACUAUGAGGCCACGAACAGGAUGUACCACAAGUGCUUGGAGUACGUGCUGGAGGAGAUCGAACACAGCAGGAAAGCAAAUAUCAUGGUUGCAACCCACAACGAGGACACAGUGAAAUUUACCCUAGAAAAGAUGAAUGAGAUGGGCCUUUCACCCACUGAGAAUAAGGUUUACUUUGGACAGCUGCUGGGAAUGUGCGACCAGAUCAGCUUCCCACUAGGUCAAGCAGGUUUCCCAGUCUAUAAGUAUGUCCCUUAUGGCCCCGUCAACGAAGUCAUUCCUUAUCUGUCUCGCCGUGCACAAGAGAACCGUGGCUUCAUGAAGGGAUCCCAGAGAGAGCGCCGCCUGCUGUGGACGGAGCUGAAACGUAGGGUGCUGGGUGGUCAAAUUUUCUACAAGCCGGUCUACUAAGUCACAGGACCACAACAUACUAACUGCAGUGUAAGCAUUCCGAGUCUCUACUGUACCACUACCUGCUAGCUGCUCCUUAGAGACUAGAGGGAGAUUAAUGUCCUUCCUUAGCUCAUUAGGCUGCACACUGUGGAGGGAAGUUUUACUGUUUUACUGGCAAGUGUUUUAAGUGUAAUAUGGUUUGAGAUAGAGGUUUGUUUAGCUUUUAGCGGAUUAAGGAUGAUUGAAAAGUGUGAUAUUUGUCUCUAAAUCGGAAUGAGUUUAACUAAAAAAAAGAUGAUGGUAAAUCAACUAAAAAAACCAACAUUUUGCAAAUGCUAAGGUCUCUAAAUGUCAGUCCUUCCUGAUAUACAAUAUGGAACUAUUAAGUAGAGGUGAAGAAAAGUAUAUUGUGUAUGUUUGUUACAAAAGGUGGCCUUGUUGUAUAUAAAUCCUGUGUUGUGCUUUUUUAAAUGGUAAAUGGCACUGUUUGCAUGUUUUUAAUUUGCCUUAUGUAGCUGUCACUCAAAAGUGCCUUAUGAUUGUUUUCACAAGAUUAACUUGAAGCAGUCAGCUGCUGGUUUGGUUUUUGUUACUGUACACUCCUCCAAGGAGAUUGUAAACUACUGUAUGUUAACAUGUUUAUUGCAGAUGCUAUGUGUCAUUGCAUUAAUCUACUUUAUAUAAUGAGCAAGUAAUUAGUUGUUCAUGAUUGUGAUGACAUAAAAUGACUUAGAUUUGUAAAGAUCUAUAUUCUAUUCUUGGUUUUAUUUAUAAUAUGUUGUCCAUCAAAGCCUGAACAGUAAAUGCAGCAUCACAAACAGGGUGUUCUUCUUUUUGAUCUGUCACGACCCUUGCACAUUGACGUCCUGAAGGCAAAGAUCAGAUAAAAGUAAAAUGUGACAAAAAGCAAAGCACAGACACAGCUUCUAAUUGUAAAGUGUCCUGGUUUAUGUAACGUGAAUAUUUUUAAACAAGCCAGCUGUUAAUUUGGAAGUGACUGUUUGCAGUAGCUCACCUUCAUUUUACCUCUGACGUAACAAACCCUCUUUACUGUCCACUGAACAGUAAGAGGAGAAUCAUUUACGCCUGGUGAAUCUUCUGUCCUCAAACAGAGACAGGAACAGAUGUUCAAAGCAGAAAACAUGGAAGUGCCAUGUGUCCCGUGUUACAAAAUGUUCUAAAAACAUGCCGUGGUUACUGCUGUGAUUUUUUUUUUUGACACCUGCGCUGUUGCAUAAGCUAAAGGGGAGGAGAAAGUGAGUGGUCAUGGCAGUUUCUCUGCUUUUAAUGAUGUCCAUUGCAUUUAAAUCAAUUGUAAGUUGUGUUGCACAGUGAAAGUCAUUUAAAUCAUUUAAAUUUAAGUGUUUUUAGGACUGGUUGUCAGUUGUGGUAUGUAAACACGACAUUUAAAGCUGUCCCUGACCACUGUUUCCAGACCACAGCCCAGUGUACCAUGUGCCCCUGUCGCACCCUGCGGGCCGUUAUUGGCUGGGGGCUACACACCCACUGCUAAAGGCUGACGCCCAGAAGGGUUCUGAACAUAGCAAAAUAAGGAAAUGCAGGCAGAGCGCAGGGUCUCUGCAGAUACAGACACCGCCACACACAGCGACAGUGGGUCAUACGUGAUGAUUGAGAGAGAGUUUUUUUUUUUUUUUUUUUAGGAAAAUCCAACUCAUUCUACAAUUCAAGUUCAUUUUUGUACCAGUCUUAGUAUCAGAAUUUUAGCACAAUAACAGAAAACUUUCUUUAUUGGUGUGGAGGGUUGAGUCUUUUAAGUUCCUGCUAUAACAGGGAAAGUUGAUUUUAAAAAGAAAGCCUUUGCUUUUAAUUUCUCAAGAGUCUGUUAAACUAUAGCAACACUGGCACAUUUUGAGUAUUUGAGUAGGAAUUAGAUUUUAUUUGAGUCUGUUUCUUUAGAUGGUUUUCAUUCCUUUGUGUUUGAUUUCCUCAUCAUUGCUGUAUCAGUAUAUACCGUAUUUUGUACAGUUGUAAAAUAUAUCUGAUUAAAAACAGUUAACAUAAA